CCCUUUUGUGUUUGUGCGAGGAGAGCAUGCUGUCCCUGGUUCUAUCUUUGUGUGGAGCAAAAUGCAGUUGCCAUCGCCCAUUGGACGAGUUCGGUUGUGAAGACUGACUGCAAAGCCUCGACAAGCUUUAGCUUGACAAAAUAGUCUUCUUGACUCUUCCUUGUUCCUUUUUUGGGGGGCUGUUGUCUGGAAGCGGGAUAGGAGCUGCAUUGGCAAUAUAUACUCCUAUACGUAAUCAGUUCCAUGCAUCUCGCUGAGGGAUCUGCGUGCACGAGACACUGGGAAAGCUUCUUGAGGGGAGAAAUGGUGGACAACAUCCAGCUUCUUUGUGAUCCAAGCGGCAAAAAGACUCUGUAAACUUCCAGCAGCAGAGAAAGUUAGAAUCACCCAACAUGGCUGACAAUCAGCAGGCCAGUGGAAGUGGGCGUGCCCGUGGGAGGGGCCGUGGGCGUGGCCGGGCUUCGCAGCAGCAUGUCCAGCCCAGGCGUCCUGGCGAACCGGCAGGUGCAGCUACAGCCAUGCCCAAGCCCCUGGGCGAUCCGGAUACCGUACCUGCACCGGGGAGGGGGCGAUCUAGGGGUGGAGCUUCCCAAAUCCCAGGCUCGGGAGCUGCCAUUAGUAGCGAGCAGAAAGCAGGUGCAACAGUGCCCUUGGCAGAGCCUCCAACUACUCAAAUGGCCGCACUGAGUAUGGGCCAAGUGCAGGGUGCAGAGGGUGGGGGAGUUAGUGCUCGCAGGGGAGGGUUCCUUGAAGAGGAGCUCAAGACAAGACCAGAACACCUUACCGAUAAGAGAGGCAAGAAAGGCAAGACUGUUGAACUCCUGACCAACUGUUUCCGUCUGAGAGCAGAUGGCCAGUGGCUCCUGUACCAGUACGAUGUGAAAUUCUCUCCUGAAGUGGACAGUCGUAGGGCGCGCCAUGCCCUGCUGCGGUCCCAUUCAGAGAUAGUGGACGGCCCCAUGGCCUUUGAUGGCAUGAUCCUCUUCUUGCUCAGGAGGCUGGACCAGCCGGUUACCAGGUUUGAAACGAAACGUCGAGACAGUGAUGCCGUUGUUACAAUCACCAUUACUUUAACAAGCGAGCUGCCCCCAAACUCACCGACUUACCUCCAGGUCUACAAUAUCAUCUUCCGCAAAAUUCUUAGAUUGGUUGGCUUUGAGCAAAUUGGACGGAACUAUUUCAAUCCAGAGCUGAAAAUAGAUAUUCAGCAGCACAAACUCCAGCUGUGGCCCGGCUUCAUCACUUCCAUCCUGCAGUAUGAGGAGGAGGUCCUGCUGAUGGCCGACGUCUCCCACAAGAUCCUGCGGACGGAGACGGUGCUGGACCUGAUCUAUCACCUGAGCCAGACCAAGGAGGACUGGGCCGAUAAGUUUAAGACACUCAUCACUGGAGAGAUCGUCCUGACAAAGUACAACAAUAAGACCUACCGUGUCGAUGACGUUGUAUUUGAUAAAAAUCCCCUUGACGCCUUUGAGAAGUUUGACGGCACAACGAUUACCUAUGCUGAGUACUACCGGGACGCCUAUGAGGUAGAGUUGAGGGAUUUCAAACAGCCGUUACUGGUCGGCAAACGCAAGAAGAGGGACGAACGCCAGGGAGCAACUAAUAUCCACCUCAUCCCAGAGUUGUGCACCAUAACAGGCCUGAGCGACAACAUGCGCAGUGACUUCCAUGUCAUGAGAGACCUUGCAACCAUAACUCGCAUCACGCCUAAUGAUCGCCUUCAGCAGUUAUCCAGCUUUCUUGGCAGCUUUCCCAAGAACAAAGAGGCCUACAGUCACCUGCGGAGAUGGCAGUUGAACUUUGACCCACAACCAGUCAGGAUCAAUGCUCGGAUAAUGGAUCGAGAGACUAUUAUCACAGGAGACCGGGGAAGCACUCGCAUUACGCUGGAUGAGAAUGCAGAAUGGAGCCGACAGAUGAGGAAGGAGUUACUGAACAGUGUUGGGCUGCUGGACUGGAUGCUAAUCUACAUCGGACGGGACAGCAAGAAUGCCAUGGACUUCCUGACUUCCCUCAACCGUGUCGCGCCAAAUUUGGGGAUGGAGGUCAGGACACCCUUAAAAUGCGAGUUAAGAGAUGACCGAACCGAAAGCUUUAUUCGCGCUAUCAGAGACAAUUUGACACCAAGGACACAGAUGGUGGUGUGCAUCUUGCCGACCUCCCGCAAGGAUCGCUACGACGCCAUCAAGAAGCUCUGCUGCCUGGAGGCACCAGUUCCCAGCCAGUGCAUAGUGAGCCGCACCAUCAGCAAGAAGCAGACCAUCAUGUCAGUGGCCACCAAGAUUGCCAUGCAAGUCAACUGUAAGAUGGGCGGUGAGCUGUGGACGGUGGAAAUUCCUUCCAAAAUGCUGAUGAUGGUUGUUGGAAUCGAUUCUUACCACGACCUUAAGAAUAAAGAGCAGUCUGUUGGUGGAUUCGUCGCUUCCAUGAACCACAGUCUGACCAGGUACUAUUCACGAUGCACCUUUCAGCAUUCAGGACAAGAGCUUAUUGAUAGCCUCAAGGUCUGCAUGACAAGUGCCUUGAAAAAUUUCCAUGAGAUCAAUGGGAGUUUGCCAGAGAGGGUUAUCAUCUAUCGUGACGGGGUGGGUGAUGGUCAGCUGGCUGCCGUGGUCAAUUACGAGCUGCCCCAGCUGCUGAGCACCUUCCAGAUGAUAGGAAAAAAUUACAAACCCAAAGGUGCCAUGGUGGUCGUGAAGAAGCGCAUCAACAAUCGAUUCUUCAGCCUGAAAGGAGGUCAGCUGCAGAACCCCUCCCCAGGAACCGUGAUUGACUCUGGGGUCACCAAGCCAGAAUUCUACGACUUCUUCCUUGUCAGUCAGUCUGUACGGCAGGGUACAGUCACCCCAACAAGCUACAAUGUGAUCUGGGACGUCUCGGGUCUGGCACCAGACCACAUACAAAGCCUGACCUACAAGUUGACCCACCUCUAUUUUAAUUGGCCGGGAACCAUUCGUGUACCGGCCCCCUGCCUCUACGCUCACAAGCUGGCUUUCCUAGUAGGCCAGAGCCUACACCGGGAGCCACGCAUCGAAUUGGCCGACCGAUUGUUCUUCUUGUAAGAGAUCACUGCCGUUAAGAUGCAAAUUCCAUCCCCAUUUAGCCAAAGUAUUUAUUGCCGCUCUUACUGCUGAUGCUGAUGCACUUGUUUUGAUCUUUAAUGACCCACAACGCGCUUCAUUUUAAGCAUGCAUAGUUCACAUACAGUAUUGACUCAUUCAGUGAGCUAAACUUUAAUUUGACCAAAAGUUUUAGAGGGCUUGGCAUUUUGAACCAAGCACCAAAAGUAAAGUGGCAAGGAAACAGUGACAAACAAGCAAGCAUGCAUUGAUGAAAAGAGUAGAAAUGGGGAGGGAAGGGAGCGGGUGAUGCAGGUGGCCAAAGGGGGGGUUUGGAACAGAGUGAAGGGGUCAUUACCGGUGGGGAAAAUGAACAGUAUGGAGGUAGUCAGAUAGGAAAAGAUCAAAGAAUAAGCACAGUAGUGGGUGAUGGACCCCAAAGGUGCAGAUUAUCUGCAGUGACAAACGUAGGAAAGAAACGGUGACUUGGUUGCUCUCAUGCUAAGGGUUAACCCCUUGACGAGGGGAAUUUCUUCACGAAAGCCAACUCCAAGAAUUCCAGCCUCACUUGGCCGUGAAGGCCA